GUACCGCGAAAGUUCACCGAGAAAUUUACAAAUUUCUUGGCGAAUGGAGAAUUUAAGAGCGAUUUCCUCAUGAUUUGCCUCCUGUUUCGGUACUGAUUGUCCGUUGGAUCACCAUAAAGGGAGAAACGUUUAUCAAAUAACACAUUCAGCGUCGAAACAAGCGUUCUAGUCGUGCAAAUUUGUCAAAUGGGUUCCAAAGAGAGAAGCGAAAAGAUCCUUGGUGGCUUCAAAUUAAACUGGAUGAACUUGCGGGAUGCUGACACUGGCAAGGUUCUAUGGCAAGGAAGUGAAGACCUAUCUCUGCCUGGAGUUGAACAUGAAGCAAGGGUACCUAAGAAAAUAUUAAAAUGCAAGGCUGUGUCACGAGAGGUGAACUUUUCCUCAGCUGAAGAGAUGCAUAAAUUCAGACUGGAACAGAAAGUCUUGUUCAAGGGAAAGUGUUUAGAAGAAUGGUAUUUUGAAUUUGGGUUUGUUAUUCCUUCGUCUACAAACACCUGGCAGUCCUUGAUAGAGGCCGCACCUGAGUCACAAAUGAUGCCUGCUAAUGUGUUAAACGGCAAUGUUGUCAUUGAGACAAAGUUUUUUGAUGGAGAUUUACUUGUCAGCACUUCUAAAGUCCGUGUCUUCUAUGUAUGAUGGUCUGAUGGAAAUAUUAUCUCUAGCUCCUUAGGGACAUGCAACGAUACACUGCCAAUGCUGAACAUGCCACAGUUCAGAGUAUUAUCAAGGAUACGCUAUCCUGUCCCUAAUAUAUAGGUAUCAAUACUAUUUAAAUCUGAGAUGCAAAUCAAUACCGUGAUGUUUUCAUGUUUUUGUUAAUGUUAUUGUUUUUCUUUUAGCAAAGGUACAGUUAGGUGGUUUCCAGGCUUUCAUGAUAGACUUUUAUCUUUUUCAUUUGAAAAAGCAUGGGAAAUGAGGUGUUUUGAUGAAUUAAAACAUGCAGGUUUAAAAUCUUUUUGCAGGCAUGCAAUGCCCACAUCAAGAACAAUGCUACUUCACACAUUUUAAUCUCUUCCACUUACCCAUUGUCGAAUUUAAAAUGUCAAGAACCCAAAUAAGUACAGGAAUUUCUGGACAUACCCUCGGGAGAAUAAAGUUGAUAAUUUGGUCUGAAAUAAGCAGUCAUUAACUGUUUAUCCUUUAAUCAGUACCACUGAUUUAAAAAAAAUCUUUUUUUUUUCUGUACUAUAUAACAGUAGAAGAGGCUUUGAUACCAAGCAGGAUUAUAGGAAUGUAUAAAGACCCCCCUCCCCUUCCUAAUCAUUACCUACUCACCCUUUUUUUCAAGCAAGGUUAAAACCCAAGGGUUCAAUGUGUAUUAGUUGACUGUUUGACACAUAAAAUGGGAAGGCUUCAUAAUGUAACAAUCACCAAUAAAAAACAUGUUUUUGGCUAAUCCUCCUAAAAGUGGGCAAAUAGCCAAGUGGUUGUAUCAAGAUUGCAAAGUAUGUUUCACUGGCCUCUUGUUUUUUUUUUUUUUUUUUUUUUGUGUGUAGCUUCAGUAAGGUUGUAUAUAUUUCCAGGAACUAACUGUACUUGUUGAAUGUUUGAUUAUGUGUAUUUCGGCUUUGUAAUAAAUUGUUUAUUGUUUGAUCUCUGA